AUGGCUGAAGAAUCUGUAUUUGGCUUCAUACGACUACGAAAAACGACUAUUAUACCUUCAAAUAUGUUUUUUCUCUGGUUAGAUACAUCUUCAAAAGACUUUGAAAAAUUCAGAGAUCAAUGUUGUACUGAAACUUCAGUUACUCCAUACGACUGGAAAUUUUAUGAUAGAACAGACGAAUGUUAUCAGUUCAUAAAACAAGCAGAUUCAAAAAAAAAUAUUGUACUUAUCUCAUCGGGUCGUCUUGGUGCAGAUAUUAUUAAUGACUUGCACGAUCUUUCGCAACUUCAUUCGAUUUAUAUAUAUUGUAACAAAAAAGAAAAGUACGAAAUUUGGAAGAUCAAUUAUAAAAAGGUUCGUGGUGUAUUCGAUGAUCCUGUACAAUUAUUUGAUCAAAUGUGUCAGAAUCUUGAUGAAGAAACUCGUCGAUCUCAACUGAACAGUACUUCUGGCAAUGAUAUAGUACCAGCACCAAAAAGUGUGGCUGUUAAAAUUCAUUGCCUUUGUAAGAAUGAGAUUAAAUCUUACUGUCAGCCAAAUAUUUCUUGGUUUCCAUGGCAAACGAGUAGUUGCACUACAUCAUUACCAAUAAAAGGACAAGGAACAAUUGAAAUCUGGCAACAUGAAUCAAUUCCAUUUGAGUUACGAAUAUCAAAUAAACAGGAUCCGAACGAUAAUGCUAGAAAUAGUUAUGCAAUUGUAUUAAAAAUCGAUACUCGUGAAGCACAACUUGGUACAGUCAGUGCUCAGGAUGGACAUAUAUUACGUGUACGAGAUAAUACAACAGAACCACAUCAAGUACUACAAAUGGAUGAUAACCAUUGGCACUGUUAUUGGCUUACUUUCUACGGUGAACAUCGAAUGAUCCAGUAUGGAAUUGGUGAAAUUCGGCCAAAGUUUAAAAUACUUGAGGCAUAUUUUGAAGAACGGGAUAAAGCUUUCAUUGAAAUGGAUCAACUCGAAAACAGUAAGCUUAUACAUCCAUGUGUAAUGAAAAUAUGGCCACCUGGUCAUUAUAGUCCUGUACAUAAUCACGGUGAUGCAUAUGGAAUUAUUCGUAUACUUCAUGGAAGACUUGUUCUAAAAUUCUUUCCAGCUCUUUUAAUUAAUUUGCGACAAAAUCCACCUAUUGAGCAAUUAUUUGAAGAAAAUCAAGUCACAUGGAUGAUUCCUAAAUUCAAUCAAACAUAUCAAAUGCUUAAUCCUGACAUGUAUGGAUCAUGUUGUAUUACUAUUCAUUGUUAUCAAUACGAGACAAACGAUCAAGUAUAUUGCGAACAUUUUGAUUUCAUUACUAAUGAUGGACAUCAUAUUGAACAUUACAAUUGUAUACCUGAUAAUAAUUAUCUUACCUUCAAAAAAAUAAUGAUGAUGGAGUCAAUACAUGAAACUAUUGUGUGA